GUGGCGCGCGGUAGAUGCGCACCUCCAGUCUCCUCGAAAACUUCCUUGGAACUUGUACGAAUUCAUGCCGGCCUGGGAAAUCUAUGAACAUUUUAUGUCAAAGUGAGACUUGACGGGACGACUAGGUAACACACACAAAUAUUUAUUUAUUCAUGUUUUUAUUUAUUUCCGAAAGGGAGGUGGGAAAGCUCGCCACUCCCUCCAUCCAUCCCUGACUGAUUUUACGCAGAGAAGACACUUUAUUUUUUAAAUUUGAUUUACUUUUGCUGUGUUACCUUUAUUGCUGUCUGGCUUCUAAAGUAGAUUUUCCCAUCAAAUAAGCUUUACUAGAAUCUGAUUCAUCUUGUUUACCUACUUUAUUUGCUGUUUUACUGUACAAAUUCCCCCCUCAAAAUGACACGAACUCAUACCAAGAAAAACAAAUGACUCCAGCCAUCUUUGUCUAGGUCUGACCAAAAGUUGGCAAAACUUUUUUUAGAGGGGGGGUAUGUUUGGGUGUUUUCCCUCUAAAGGGUUAAGCUUUAAAGGAAGCCAAAGCUUAGCUUUAAAUGUUAUUGUGACUAUACUCACUCUGACAGCCUCUCAUCUUUCUGAUAAAGAGCAUUUUUCCUGUCCAGUCUGCACGUCAUGUGUCUUAUCUUCAGCUAACAAAAAUAGUCAGCUAACAUUUAGACAUAAAUGUUUUUUUUUGGGUUAGGCUUUUGAUUAGAGGUGCAGAUCUCUAACAUGGACGGUCCAUAAAAUGCCAUUAAGAUCGUUUCAUCAAUGUCUAGUUAGAAAGUCAAUAUAGUUUUAAAAUCCAACAUUUGUCUGUAAAUUUAAGUCCUUCUAAAUUAAAGUUAUUGCUACAUUUCUCUAUUUUUUUUUUUAAAUUUUGUGUCUUGUGUGUCUUGAAGCAUAAUUGUUCACGUUUUGUACGCUUUCUUAUCAAACGAUGAAGUCAUGUCGCCUAAAAGUGCCCAAAAUAUUUCUCAAUUAAAAACAAAUCCGAAUUUUUUGUGUAAGAAAACAAAAAAGAAACUAUCUGCAAAACAUUCUAACUGCUUUUAUAAUGUAGAAGGCAUUUUUAUUUCCUUUUGUGAAGUGGAGAAUGUGAAACUAAAAAAUAUUGUAGCUCGCUGGAAGCAGACGUCAGGUUCUCUAAAAAGGCUCAAACCUACUGCUAUUGCGGGCACUCGUUCUAAGGAACAAGAGUUUGAAAGCCCAGUGUGGUGUUGUUUUAUUAUAUAAUCUUGUAUAGAAAUGUGUAAAUAUUAAAGUAUUGAAAAAAAAUAUUAAAUAGAAUGAAGCAGAAAUGCAUAACAAGACAAAAACAUGAUAAAAUCAAUCGGAAUAGGCAGUAAUAUUUCCUUUUUUGCUCUGCAGCACUCCUAAUAAAAUGGAAAUGGAGGCUUCUGAAGACUAUUCUGCAAGUAACGGUCAAUGCUCUCCUGGUAAGGAGAACUCAAGAAUGUUGGUGGAUAUGUCUGCACCUAAUGGACAGACUGCUCCUCCAGGUCCUAAUUCCCCCAGUGAAAUAAAAAUUAAGCAAGAGGAAGAAAUGGCUGAAAAGGAGGACAGCAGUGAUCCAACACCUGAAGAAAUGGGACAAAUGGUGGAUGACGGAGUGUCACUGGAAGAAUCUACAGCCGACAGUCCAUCGCACGCACAAGACGGGUUGUCUGGUGCAAACCAAUCGUUUGAUGGAGCAAAUCGACAGCCAAAUGGUGAGAGGCCGUUCCAGUGCAACCAGUGUGGCGUUUCGUUCACCCAGAAGGGGAAUCUGCUGCGACACAUCAAGCUGCACACUGGUGAAAAACCCUUCAAAUGCCCGUUCUGUAACUACGCUUGCCGGCGCCGCGACGCCCUCACUGGUCAUUUGCGCACUCACGCUGUUGGAAAACCACACAAAUGCAACUAUUGUGGACGAAGUUACAAACAGCGCACGUCUCUAGAGGAGCACAAAGAGCGCUGCCACAGUUACCUGCAGGGCAUCGGCUUGGAUCCCGGCAGCAACACUGGUACCUACCCAGAGGUUCCAAAAGAAGCCAGACCCACUGCAGAAGCCAACGCCAUGGCUACCUAUGAACGACCGCCUGUCAUCGAAAAACUUAACAGCAAUUUAGGCAAGAGGAAGAGCACCACGCCUCAGAAAUUCGUGGGAGAGAAGCUAGCACGCUACAGCUAUCCUGAUUUAGGCUAUGAGAUUGGCCCGAAGUUUGAAAAACAGGCUGAGAUGUUGCCGCCCCAUAUGAUGGACCAGGCCAUCAAUGACGCCAUGACAUACCUGGGAACAAACAAUCUACGUCCACUGCUCCACCAUCCGGGUCCUCCUUUGUCCAUGACGGAGGUAAUGCCCAUGAUCAACCCCAUGUACCAUCCUGCCGUCAUGUCGCUGGGCCAUCGAACAGAGUGUCGAGGAAACUCGGAAACGCUUCCACCACAGCCCUCUCACUUUCUCAACCAUCCCACUUCAAAUGGCCCUUCGAAUGCCUUAACCCGACAGAGCAAGUCCCUUCAGUCAGCACAAGAGGAAUCCCCCAGCAACAGUGGCAUUGACUCUGCUGACUCGGCUCGCAGCAGUCCUCAGGACAAGCAGAGCUACCAUGGCAGCACAGUCCCCCCGGGCCUCAGGUCUCGAGGCAGUCCAGCUGUGCACUGUUCGAACGACCGGGCUCCGGACGUGUCGCCAAAAAGCGGGGGGAGACCGGGAGCCGGGAUGAUGCGCAUUCCCGCUGAAAGGUCCGCAAGCAACGAGGGGGUGCGAGUGUUUGGACGAGAGGGGAACGAGCUGCGGGCCUUCCAGUGCGAGCACUGUCAAGUGCUCUUCCUGGACCAUGUCAUGUACACCAUUCAUAUGGGUUGCCAUGGAUACAGAGAUCCACUGGAGUGCAACAUCUGUGGUCACCAGAGCAAAGACCGCUAUGAGUUCUCCUCACACAUAGUCCGUGGGGAGCACACCUUCCACUGAGGGGAGGGGCAGGAACCAAGAAGAGUCCAAAAACAAAAGGAGCCAGAGCCUGUUCCUCAUCCUUAUCUCCUCUGAAAACUGCACAGGUGAAUGGCACUGUAGUGUAGCACAAAGACUAUAUUUUAAGAAGCUGUCUGUUCAUUGGAACACGUGAACAGUCGCAUAAAGAAUGGGCCAAAGACAUUUUUUCUAUUUAAAUUGCUUAGAGGAAAGAAGGUAAGAUUUUAUUUGGGUUUUGUUGUUGUCCUUUUUUUCUUUUCUCUCUUUUCUCAUGUUAAACAGAGCAGCUGUCAGAUUAUUUUGAAUAAGUUUUUCCUCCAAAUGAUAU